UUUCCCGUGAAAAAACAGUGGUGGUCUCUUUUCAGGAUCACUUUUUUGCAGAGUUUGCAGAAAUGACGGCCGUUCAGGAGGUGUGAAUUUUUAGACGGUCCCUGAGCCUGUGGGAGUUCCUCUUGGUUCUCGGUGCUGAUGCAGAAAACCAAGAGCAUCCUGACCUGACGUUGACGAAAACUACCGUUGAAAAGGGGAACAUGCUGUCAUCCCAUUAGUUGUCCAUCUGCAGAGGACUGGAGCAACACAUUUCUGUGAGGACAUUCAAUGUGCCUGUGUUGCACAGGAAGUGACAUCAUCAACAUUCCUAGAACUCCCACACCAUUCCCAGCAUAUGCUCAGUGUGAUGGCUGUAUGACUUGAGCCCGGGAGCAGAGGAGAACCCAUGGCAGGCUCGGAGCUGUCGGGGGCGGGGAUCCCCAGCGGGGCGAGGGACACGGAGCUGGACGUCCUCAGCUUUCUGGACACACUUGGGGCGGACAACGGGACGGCGGAGCGAUGCUACAGGUCCCACUCGCGCAGCAGCGUGCUGCAGGGCCUGCCCUUCGGGGGCGUGCCCACGGUCCUCGCCCUCAACUUCAUUCUGUGGCUGUUUUUGCUGCUGAUCUUCUCAUGCCUGCGGAAAGCAGCCUGGGACUACGGUCGCCUAGCUCUACUGAUGGACAAUGACAGCUUUGUAGAACGUCGCCGGCUGAUUUCAUAUGACCUCACGUCCCUGUUCUACGGGGAGCCGAGUGAGAAGGAGAAGUCCCCAUCGGAGUCCAGUCCUUCGGACACGGAUGUGAGCAAGGACGUGGGCUUCUGUUCCUGGCUGACAUCACUCUAUCAUAUGAAGGACGAGGAGAUCCGGAGCAAGUGCGGCAUCGACGCCACCACCUACCUGUCCUUCCAGCGCCACAUCAUCCUGCUCAUGAUGGUGGUCUGCCUGCUGUCCGUGGCCGUCAUCCUGCCCAUCAACUUCUCUGGAAACCUGCUGGGAGACAGCCCUCAAAAUUUCGGAAGGACCACGGUGGCUAACGUCCCAGCACGGGACAGUUUUCUGUGGCUGCACAGUGUGUUUGCGCUGCUGUACUUCAUCAUCACAGCUCUGUGCAUGGCCCACCACUCCUCGCGUCUGGAGUACAGGGAGGACGAGAAGGUGGCCAGGACACUCAUGGUGACUGACAUCCCAAAGGACAUCUCCGAUCCUGGACUCAUCACUAAGCAUUUCCACGAGGCCUACCCCAGCUGCACCGUCACCGACAUCCGCUUCUGCUUCGACGUGCGGAAGCUCAUGAAGCUGGACGCGGAGCGGCGGAAGGCCAUGAAGGGCCGGCUCUACUUCACAGGCAAGGCCCAGAAGGAGGGCAGAAUCAUGAUCAAGACGCACCCCUGCGCCCAGAUCUUUUGCUGCGAUAUAUGUGGCUUUGAGCAGGUGGAUGCAGAGCAGUACUACAGCGAGCUGGAGGAGAAGCUGACCGACGAGUUUAACGCUGAGAAGAACCGAAUUUCGCUCAAGAGGCUGGACAUGGCCUUCAUCACGUUCCGAGACGAGAGGAUGACCGCGGUCAUCGUCAAAGACUACGGCCGUACCCGUUGCCGUCGAAGACCCCAGCAGUCCAGCAUCACUACCGUGGUCCGGUCCCACAAAUGGGGUGUGGGUUAUGCCCCGGCCCCCAAUGACAUUAUUUGGGAGAACCUGUCGGUGCGCGGCUCCCGCUGGUGGCUCCGCUGCGUCCUGCUCAACAUCUUCCUCUUCAUCCUGCUCUUCUUCCUCACCACGCCCGCUAUUAUCGUCAACACCAUGGACAAGUUCAAUGUCACCAGACCCGUCGAGAGCCUCCGGAACCCCAUCAUCACCCAGUUCUUUCCCACCCUCCUCCUGUGGGCCUUCUCUGUGCUGCUGCCCUUCAUCGUGUAUUACUCCGCCUUCUUUGAGUCUCAUUGGACCAGGUCCAAUGAGAAUCAGAUAACGAUGCACAAAUGCUUUUUACUCCUGGUCUUCAUGGUGAUCGUUCUGCCCUCUCUGGGUCUCUCCAGCUUGGAUUUAUUCUUCCGGUGGCUUUUUGACAUUCACUUCCUGGAUGAAAGGGAUAUCAAAUUUCAGUGUGUGUUCUUGCCUGACAACGGUGCCUUCUUCGUCAACUACGUCAUCACCUCCAGCCUGAUAGGCACCGCCAUGGAGCUGUUGCGGAUCCCUGCGCUGAUGGUCUACGCCCUGCGCCUCUGCUUCGCCAAAUCUGAGGCGGAGCGCAUCCACGUGAAGAGGAGCCAGGCUUACGAGUUCCAGUUCGGCCUGGAGUACGCCUGGACCAUGUGCAUCUUCGCCGUCAGCAUGACCUACAGCAUCACCUGCCCUAUCAUCGUUCCCUUCGGACUGCUGUAUUUGGUUCUGAAGCACCUGGUGGACCGGUACAACAUAUACUACGCUUACGUCCCUACCAAGCUCAACCAGCGCAUCCACUCGGCUGCUGUUAGCCAGGUCAUCGUGGCCCCCGUCCUCUGCAUGCUCUGGCUGCUCUUCUUCUCCGUGCUGAGACUGGGUCCAAUGCGUCCCAUCACCCUCUUCACCUUUGUGUCCCUGCUGUCCUGCAUUGCUUUCUCCCUCUUCCGCAUAUGUCUGAAGAAACUACAGCCUGCCAAGCCUACCAGCUACCAGAUGUCUGAUCAGCCUGUAGAAGGAGGCUUCAAUGACACAGAGAGGAGCAGUGUGUCAUCCACGCCAAACUCCAAUCUGUUUGUUGCAUCAGUGCUGCAGGAGCCGGAGCUGGGCCUGACUCCUAUGGCGUCCCCAGCCCACCAGAGCUACGGCACCAUGGGCACCCGGCGAGGCUCCUCCCGGGGGCCAGAGGAGGAGGCCCAGUCACAGACCUACGAAACGGAGCUGCAGGAGCCCCAGGAGCCCCAGGACCCCUUUUCCUCCAGCCCCCUCACAGAUGCCCAGGAGGGCUACCAGUAACACCCAUGCACCCCACAAAUACCCCCGCAAUCUUGGGCAGGGACAGCCUGCUCUCAAAUGCGACACCGCCAAGAAAUUAAAGAAUGAGAAAUGCGCUGCAGUUUUCCUUCAAACUCGACAUUCAACCCAACUGCCUCAAAGCCUCUAACUCAAAGCUUACCGGAGAGCUCCUAGACCUCCUCCCUGUUUGAGCCUUUGAAACCAUGGGCUCGGCUCACUGGUUCCACUGCUGAUACAGUCCCUCCUCCCCAAGAGUUAGCGAUGCCAGUUCCCAGUGUCUGACACCGUCGGACCAGGGUAUCAGAGCGACGAAAUGACCACAUAUUCCAACUGCACAGACCCUGAGUGCAAAGCCUCCUCACCCAGGAGAAUAACCAGUUCUCUCUAUUGAAAAAAUGUCCUCGCUGCGUGCUGCCGACAGGCGCCGAGCCAGACGUCUUCUCCGACGGCUGCUCUCCCACUCCUUUCUGCCGUUUCUCAAGGUUUUUUUUUUUUUUUUCCCUUUUCUGAAGCCUGGCACAUUUUGGUCUGCGUGUCCGUGCCGGCUUUCGCCGGAGGACGGGGAGCAGAUGCCUGUGUCGGUGGUGGCAUGGGACGUCGACUGUGACAGGUGAACGUUGGCAGCAUGGCUUAUUCCUGACCCCUCGGCGCCGCCUGAACAUUCAUCACAGAAACCCGGCGCUGUCAGCAUCGGUUCACCCCCACCACACCACCACCCCCCCUCCCCCCCACCCCCCCACCACGGUCUGGGAAGCAGGCGGGAGGGCUCUGCCAUGUCUCAGAGGUGGAAUGGAGGUCUGUGAAGCCAUCUGCAGUGAGAGCGCAGUGCACACAGGAGGCAAUGGCACAGGGCAGUGUGUGGAGCCAAAGGGUGUAAAACGCUUCCUGUGUGGGACCAAAGGCAAGGGAACACAGCUGAGGCUAUGUCCUGUACUUGGGGGAUUUAUUGUUCUAUCUAUUCAAAACAUUUAUUGCUGUUACUAUGAUUAUUAUCAUUGCGGUUAGUAUUCUUGUCCUAUUAUUAUUAUUAUUAUUAUUUAAAACAUAAUUGCUAUUUCCACCGGUGGUUUGUAAUGUCAGUGGUGAAAUAUCCAACCUGCUUGUAAACUCAUUACAACGAAAGGCACCUGCUGGCGAUAAAAUGGCCUUUACAGAGCAAAAGGAGAAACAAAAAUGAAUUGGUAAUGAACUGGGUUCGAAAGCACCGAGGAAAACGGACACAACGGUUAAUAAACUCUGGUGCUGGUACAGAAAAAUACAUUUCAAAUUUGAGAAACACAGUCAGUUAUCAAGAGUGCCAAGAAACAUAUUACCAGGCUAUGACUCAGAUUAUUAUGCCUGAUUCCACAUUGCAUCUUGGGAUAUGUAGCCCGAACCUCGUCCAAGUUUCUGACCCCCUCCGCAUGUUGUUUGAGAAUGCAGCAGUGGCACUGUAUGAGGCAAGGCAGACUUGCUUGAGAAUAAGCUUUAAGUGCAAUUGCUCAUAGAGGUCUCCUUAUAUGUAGUUCCAUCCUGAAGACAUUCUCCCUUUUCUUGGCUGACCCCCAUACUGGUGCCAAUGCUUAGCAGUGUAAAUUUCUUGUACAUUUCUAUGGUGUUAUUCAUUUGCUCCUAUUACGUACCUGUCAUAAAGUCUGUUGAUUUUGUAACACUGCAGGAUGUCUUUUGUGCAAGGUUAUGGGUUGGUGAUCUCCUCGCCAAACUGAAUGUAAACUGACAGUGGUUUGUCUCGUCCUUGAAGUUCUCUAGCUGUGCCUUGAAGAAAAAAAUUCCCCUUCGUCUGACAAUCCAGCAUGGCCUGACAUAUGCUGCAUGGACUGAAAUUACUGAGACAGGAAUCCAGGGGACAAAGACACUCAAACCUCAUUCUGACAAGGAAUGUGGUGUGGAUUUAGUUCAUUUCACAUUACCUCUCCCCCCGUCUCUUAUCAACUGUGCUAUUUAUACUCUUCCAGGCAUUGGACCCCUUCAUUCAUGGGAAACACAUCUUUGCGGGAUUUCAGUGUAGGCCUCUGAAGUGGUUUGCCUUUUGUUCUGAUAGUGUUUCCGUUGAACUGGAAUUGGGUUUUUUUUUUUGUUGUUGUUUUGUUUUUGGAUCAGUAGCUUAUAGUAUGAGGUGCCUUGAGGUCAGUGUUGUUCACUGUUACUCCUGGAGUCCUGUGGAUCCAGGGUAGCAGAAGUCUCUGUGAAAAGGUCAAAAAGAGUUGAAUCCUACCCAGAAUCCACAGUCUUCUUGACUCUUGUCUCGCUUAUGAUUACUAAGGCUCAAACUGAAUUCCGGCAGAAUUUAAAUAUAUCCCAUUCUGUGGCUCCAACACUUCAGAAUAUGCUUAUGUGCUGAGGCCUGAACAGUUAGAACCUGUUCUCCCCUCUUUUUCUGACAACUCACCCUUGGAGUGUCAUCUGUAUGACCCCAAGUAUCUCCAUUGUACAUUGCAGUUCCUCCUCAGCUGGAACAAGUCCAAAAUGUAGAAUAUUUGGCUAAAUGGCAUGGUGUUUUAUUAUGCUUCUUGCAUCACCAAUUGUUGCAGUUAUCAUACUGUACAUAUCAACCAAUAAGCAGCAGGUACAGUUCCUACAAUGCAAUGUAGUGAUUUUGAAGUGAACUCCAUGUUGCUGGUGUACAUUGAUUAUAAUAAUGAGCGACCUCUUCUUGUAAGUGCAGACCUAGAGAGAGUUUUUGGGUGUUUGUCAGUGUUAGGAAGUGAAUAUUGCAGGAGCUGUGUCACAGGGGAUUUUUGGAUUUGUUUUUGAUAUUAGAAGGGGGGAGAAGAGCAGCACAUGCCCAGUGGCUCUGGAUGCAAACCAAAAUCUGGUGUUUCCCACAUGACCCAAGCCCACAAAUAGCCAAUUAUGCUGUUCACAGUGUUUUCUACCAUCUGAGAAAUGAAUAGAGGAGAGCACCGCAAGGCUGGGGUUUGCAAAAAAAAAAAAAAAAACAGUUUGAAAAGCACAUCAGAGGAAUUCCAUCAUGAAAACACACCCAGUACUGUCCUCUGGGUUUCUGCUACCGCUAGUUGUUUUACAGACUUUAAAAUUCAGAAUUCUUUUUUCAAUAAAGGCUUAAUCCUUUUAUUUUCAUGAUGCCAUUAUUUAUUAUUUUUAUGAUUAGUGGAUGCCAAAAGAAGAAAUGAAAUGUAUUUCAGACCAUCUUGUGGAUAUACACAAACACACACACACAUACUGCAGAGAUGAUGUUACAAACAGCCAUGUAAAUGUAAAUAUUGAAUGUACCUAUAAAACUGAAUUCCAAUUAGAUUGGACAUUUAAUUAAUCCUGUGAUAUCCUUCUCCAUCUGUGGUCUUACAUAUAAAGAUAAUUACAAUGUGUGAACAAAAUAAAUUGUAAAUGGAUGCAAUUACAGGGCUGGAAAAAUGUUCAUUAUUAUAAUUAUUCACAAAAUGUCCCCAAAUUAUAAUUGGUCUCCCGACAUAUGUCAGUACAGCUGGAGUCCACUGUGAAUCAUUACGGGAUCUUACAAUUUCAAGCAUGUACAGUUAUAAGUGAAAUAUUCUUCAUUUGGAUAUAUUUUGGCAGUGCAGUGGCUUUCCAGUCUUGUCCAGGCUUAUUUUUAUCCUUUGCAGGAAAUUGAUGAGUGUUUAAGUCUCCAACUGAAAUCCUAAUUAUAGCCUCCUCCAAAUCAUUUAUUUUUGCAGAAGAAUAAAGGAAAACAAACAUUCUGUCAUCAGGGCCUAAAUGCGGAUUUUACACAGAGCAGAGAUUGAAGGACUCUGUGGGUAAUGACCACUCUCUGGCAGAGCUGGUUUCGUGUCAGAGUCUUUGAAGUGCUGUAAGUUCAAUUAAAAAUGGAAACUGCUGCCACGCA